UGGCCCAGAGGUUCUUCAAGCAGAACAUUUUACAGUUUAUCCAGGGGGCUGAGUAUGAAGGAAAAGAUUUAGAAGAUCAGGAAAGUAACUUUAGCAUUUCCAGGUCAUGUGGCUGCCUUUAAGGGUGAUUUGGGGAUGCUUAAGAAGUUAGUAGAAGAUGGAGUAAUCAAUAUUAAUGAGCGUGCUGAUAAUGGAUCAACUCCUAUGCAUAAAGCUGCUGGACAAGGCCACAUAGAGUGUUUGCAAUGGUUAAUUAAAAUGGGAGCAGACAGUAAUAUUACCAACAAAGCAGGGGAGAGACCCAGUGAUGUGGCAAAGAGGUUUGCCCAUUUGGCAGCAGUGAAGCUGUUAGAGGAGCUACAGAAAUAUGAUAUAGAUGAUGAAAAUGAAAUUGAUGAAAAUGAUGUGAAAUAUUUUAUAAGACAUGGUGUUGAGGGAAGCACUGAUGCCAAGGAUGAUUUAUGUCUGAGUGACUUGGAUAAAACAGAUGCCAGAAUGAGAGCUUACAAGAAAAUUGUAGAAUUGAGACACCUCCUGGAAAUUGCCGAGAGCAACUACAAACACUUGGGAGGCAUAACAGAAGAAGAUUUAAAGCAGAAGAAAGAACAGCUCGAGUCUGAAAAGACCAUCAAAGAACUGCAGGGCCAGCUGGAGUAUGAGCGACUACGCAGAGAAAAAUUAGAAUGUCAGCUUGAUGAAUAUCGAGCAGAGGUUGAUCAACUCAGGGAAACACUGGAAAAAAUUCAAGUCCCCAACUUUGUGGCUAUGGAAGACAGCGCUUCUUGUGAGUCAAACAAAGAGAAGAGGCGAGUAAAAAAAAAGGUUUCUUCUGGAGGAGUGUUUGUGAGAAGUUUCUACUUUAUAGGUAUUUGUCAUCUAAUAGGAAAGACAGACAUAUCUUUCUUCGUUAAUAAUAGUACUUUGUACACUGAUGUGGAAUCUAUACACCUCUGCACUGGACUGUGGACUUCUUGAGAGAAAGGUAUUUGGCAUAUUUAAUAAAUUUUUAUUGAAUUGAACUAACCAUAAUAGAAAAUAUUAAUGAGCUCCUACUAUGUGCCAGAUACAGCACUAUUUUGUUAGUCUAGAUAUUUUCCAUCUGUCCCUCAAGCCCUACUCUCUAACCCUUCUCACCCUUCUCUCUGCUCCAGAAACUGACCUGUAUGGGCUCCUCUGUCCUCUAAUAUCUGUUUGGUUUGACCUUGGAAGGAGGUGGGAAAGUGAAGUCCUAGAAGCAGAGAGAAGAGUGAAGUCAGAUUUACUCCCGUGGUUCUCUUUUUUCCAGGGUCACUUCUGGUUAGUGAUGUUUCUUUACCCAAGAGGUUACAGUGCCUGUCUGAUUUUUCUUCAUAACCUUUUUCUUCCAGAUUCUGAUAACUGCUCCCUCUUAUCUUUUUGGACCCGGAGGUGCUAACAGCCAUGGGGUACUAUAAGAUCCCUGUGGUUUUCCUAAACUUGCUCCUGCUGGUAAAUGUUUUAAUAUUACUUAAUAUUACUUUGUCAUUACUUUCAAUGGCAAAACCUCAAUCACUUUUGCACCAACCUAAUAACUGGGUCUCCUUGGGGACUGGGGGCAAGAUUGGGAGAAGGAGGCCCGAGUUGUAGAAUUUGCCAAUUUCUGUGGUGUAAAUACUCCUGCCUUGGCUGAUUUCAAGGUACCAAUGGCAUGUCAUUGAGCAUGAAGUUGGGAAAAGAUGCACAGUAGCAUACUGUUAUAUAAUGUUCCUACCAUAGAGAUAUAAUAGAAGUACCCCCAAGAACAUAUAUAAUAGAAGGUAAUAUGGUAAUUAGGAAAUAAUGUUUUGAAUAUUUAUUACCUUUUUAAAAAUAUAACUUAUUUAAUUCUGUUUAAAAAAUUUAAUUUUUAGUAAUGUUUAACAACUUGUUUGCAAAAAUUUCUGAAAAUUUAACCAUCAGCUCUUGCAAUGUACCCCUCACUCCUCCUGCCCUCAUCUUUGCAAACCCUCCCAAAUUAUAAUAUGAAUGUGUGGUCUAGUUCCUGUUGAGACCCUGACUAAUACACCUAUGAUCAUUUUUUAAUUUAGUCUACACAAUGACUUCUAUGACUCAAGUGCUAUUAUUAUUUAAACUGCCUUUACAAAAAUCAUAACUGAGGAAAUUACGACAGUGGAAGAGAUCAGACUUAAUCAACCCCAUCUUCCUUCUAACCUCUAAACUGUCUUUGUUCAUUCCUGGGCAUAGGCCUUGGGAAAGAAUUUAGUUUAUAGUUUAAACUCUGAAACAAAAUAUUGCUAAUAGUCCUUUCCUCCAAAAAAAAUCAAAAAGCAGAAAAACAAAAAAACCCUUCUUGCCUGAGGACCAGUCUGUCUUUGUCAGACUAACAAAUUAGCUACAAAAUUAGAGAUUAUGGCUCCAGGGCCAUGCAGCCUCUGGCUGUAAGAGUCUGAACCUCCCCAAAUUGCUUCUGGGAAUAACAUCACUGUUGCAAAACCUAAGAUGAGUGCUUGAGAGAUUUUGCAGCCCCUGCAUUCCCGCAGCAGACACCACCAUCCAGGUCAAUAAUCUGGCUCAACCAAUUCUGCGAUGCCACCCAGGAACGGAAGUCAGCAAGAAGAACUCACUUCGACCCCCCUGUGAUUUCAUCUUCAAACUGACCAAUCAGCACUCCACUUUCUUAGCCCAUACCUGCCAACUUAUCCUUAAAAACUCUGAUCCCCCAAUGCUCUGGGGACUGAUAUGAGUAAUAAUAAAACUGGUUUCCCGCACAGCCUGCUCUGCAUGAAUUACUUUCGUCAUUGCAAUUCUCUUCUUGAUAAAUAGGCUCUGGGUAGGCAGCAGGCAAGGUGAAUCCAAUGGGCAGUUACAUUAUAUUUUAUAAAUGAAGAACCUGAGGUUUAGAGAGAUUAAUUUAACAUAGGUAGUACACGUAAUAAAUGCCGGAGUUGAAGUACAAACAGACUCAUUCCAAAGCUGAUAUUCUUUACCAUGACACUAAUAUGAGGCAGAAGUUCUAAGAGUGGUUGAAAAAUGCUCGCAGUCAACUUCGAAGAAAGACAGGUAGGACAAAUGGAGAUUGAGGAGAGGCUGGAAAGAAGACAACUGGCAGAGAACGUCACAUUGGCAAAGGCAGGGAGGUAGGCGUUUACAGAGAUUUAGGCAUAGUGGGUUGAAACUAUUUAUAGAGUUUAGGAUGAUAAUAAUGAAAAGUUAAGAACCAAAACUGUGGAGAUUAUCAGGUUGUUUCUCAUUUAGUUGAAAGUGUGGUGGGGGGUGGGGAAGAAUUAUCAAGCUUAGUCAGAAAAACAUCUCUUAACCACGAAACGCAAAGACUUGAAAAACAAACCUAAAACUAUAAAUGUCAGAGAGUACUUCACUCUGACGUUUGAAUCCCAAUGCCAGUAGAAGUUUAUUACUUCCUGAAGAAAUGCAGUCAUUGAGAUGUUGAUGGGCGAACUUUCACUUAGAAAGGUUAUUCUGAAAUGCUGUGGUUCUUAAUGGAGUUUUGUUUGUUUGUUUUUUAACCAUGCUUUCUGAUAGAACACUUAGCAACCAGGGACUUUGCUUACCCUAUACCCUUGAGAUACUACUGUCCUCCAAAUGUCGCAGGACUUUCUCCUUAGUUCAGCUAAAAAUGGGGUUCUUGUCAUACGACCAGGAAGGAUGAAGCUCAUGGAUACAUACAAGGGUAGGAAAGAUGGAAUUUAUUGGGUGAAAAGGAAAAAAGAAAAAACACUAAUCUCACAGAUUGAAUUCCCAGGUGACCACCCCAGAACAGAAGAGGCCAGGCUCCUCUCGGCUGCAAGCGGUGUGAACUUCCAGAGGUUUCACCCCAGUGUGCACUCCUCUCAGUGCGCAGGUUGGUCGGAAGUUCUCUGGGGACCUCUUUUUACUUGGCUCUCUCACAAACCCCCUUUACUUGGAUGAUGCUUAACUAUCCUUCAAAGAUCAACUCUGAUAGAAAGAGCAUUGGAGGGAUCCAGAUGGUAGACAGAUCACACACAUUUAUUCCUGGGAACCGAACCAUAGCCCUGCAGAUUGCCCUUCCGUCAUUCAUACAUUGGGGUCAUCUCAUUGGCGAGUGUAGCCCACGGAGGAAAUGUGGGCCCACAGUAGCUCCUUAGAGGCCAUGGCCCUGUUGGCAGGGGAUUUACAGAGGAAGGAGAAUGUCUGAAAACUUUCAGGCCAUCAAACUGGAAGGGAUGUUCUUUGGGUCAAUACUUCCCUAGGGGUUGCUGUAAAUAAGGGAUCUCAAGUCCUUUCUAGAAAAAAGGUUCAGAAUAGGCUACUCAAAAUAUGGUGCCUUCAUGUACUGAAUACUUUAAGCUGAAGGAAUUUGAGGAAGAGCAGGUUUUCUCCCCUGAAGUAGGUCAUAAGACUCAUGUGAGAGGUGCCCUUCCUAUACCUGGAAGAAAGGAACAUCCUUAUCUCUGAACAUGCCAAGAAUAAUAUGAACAAACAGGCCUCGAUAAGUUUUUCCCAAUUUAUUAUCCUUAGCUCAUACUCUUAUUUUAUCACUUUCUACUCUUCACCAAACUUAGUGUAAAAACACCCAGGCAUAACCGUUUCUUCAGAUCUUUAUUUCCUUGUGAAGACUCCCAUGUUAUGUAAAACUUAUAUUAAAUAAAUUUGUAUGUUUUUCUCAAUAAUCGGUCUUUUGCCAGUCCAAUUUAUAGGGUCCCAUAUGGAGAACCCAGGAGGGUGUACAAAGAAUAAUUUUUUCCUCUCCUACACUAGUAUCUUCCCAAACCCAGCACACACUAACCAUUUACUUACAGAAGUCCACUUAGAUGAGCCAACACAUCAAUCUUCUUGUCUUUAAGCAAUAAUUAUUUUAGCUCACAGUGGUAACACUGAUUUACCUGUGAGCAUCAGAAAUCCUGAUUGACAGUUUGCCUUUGGUUACCAAAAAAAAAGAAAGAAAAAUUUCUAAUGAUAAAAUAACAACACAACAAAAUUAAAAUACUAAUAAAUAAAUAUGGCAGACACUUUUGUAUCUUCAUUUUGUUGAUGAGGAAGUUGAGACUCAGAGAGCUGAAUGAACUUGCCUAAACCAGUAAGUGAAGCUGGGACUUGAAUUCAGAGCAGUUGAUUCCAGAAGAUGAGCUCUUUACUGUUAUUUAACUGUUAUUAUGAGAGGAAGGAGCUUCUGCCUAAACCAUAGGAAUAAGGGGAGAGUCCUCAAGAAGAAGAAUUAGAAAAGUAAAUAAAACUAUAAUUAUGGGAAGAAAAACUACAAUUAUGAGUCUAGAUUGAACUAGAUGGCUUCAUGGUUCUAAGAGUCUCAAAUGACUUAAAACUUGAAUAUGUUCAGGUUGCGCGUGGUGGCUCAAGCCUGUAAUCCUAGCACUU